GCAGUCGUGAUUUGAUAGUCAUUUAAAAAGCAACUCGAUUUCGCAUACCUCCAGUGUGGGAACAACAAAUGGCGAAGGAGUCGAAUUCUUUUAGAUUCUUAUUAGUGGCCAGCGCUUUGGCGAGUCUUGUGGCGAUCUCUACACAGUCAUGUGCCCUUAGAGAGUAUGAAACGGGUUUGGUUUGCGUUUGCAAUGCCAAAUAUUGUGACUACUUAGCUGAUCCAACGCCGAAGGAGGAAUAUGAAUUUGCCGUUGUCUCAACCUCAAAGGCUGGUCUGCGCUUUGAAACACUCACCGGCUUGUUCAAUCUUUACAAGAAAUAUUAUAUCUUCGACUAUGAUAUGGAUUUGGGCCGAGUUCUGCCAGCUUCAACAAUUGGAAGUGUUCAAAUAGAAAUAGCUCGUGAGAAACGAACGCAGAAGAUUCCAGAUUUCAGCGGCUCUUUCCAAGGUGCAGUUAGCCAAAUACUUCAGCAGUUACCAAAAGCUUUACAGGAGCACAUAUAUAAAUCCUUCUAUUCACAACAAGGCAUUGGCUUGAAUCUCUUACGCUCCGCCACUACAUCUGGUGUUGGCGUAAAGUCUUCGCAGAAAACUGCACCCAUUCUUGGCUUUUGGGCGCGUGGUGAGCAGUUUGCACAAACCCUUUUGCAGGACAUCGAACAGGGCUUUAACGGUUGGUUCGAUUGGAAUUUGGUAUUGGAUGAAGAGGGUAGUCCGAAUUAUGCGGAAAAUUACGAGGAUGCGCCAAUAAUUGCAAAUUUGACAAGUCGCCUUGAGUUCUACAGACAACCAAUGUUCUAUUCAAUGGGUCAUUUUACGAAAUUCUUGCCUAAAGGUUCUGUCCGCAUAUCGGCUGAGAGUACAAAUCCUCAAGUGAGCACGGUUGCCUUCCUGAGACCGGACCAGAGCGUGGCUGUUUUGGUUAUUAAUAGUGAAUCUGCUGGCAUUGAUCUCGGCUUACAAGAUAACCUACGUGGCGGUGUUUUAUUCAAAUUACCACCAAAUUCUAUUCAUACUAUUUUAUACAAGUAAAUUAGAAAGGAAACAAAAUUUUAAUUUCCAUAUGAAAUAAUAAUUUCAUUAAUUCACUAGAA